UGUUAAGUGUUGGGUCUGUUUAGGACUUUGUGCCGUAUUCAGUUUAGUCGAGUUGUGUCGAGUGGUGGUUAAAGCAUAUGAACGGAAGUGCAGUGUAAACCGGAACACGGAAGUUGAAACAACACUCAACAGCCACUUUUAUAUUAACAAAAAAUAAGUAAAAAGAAUAAAUGAAAAAAUAUAUAUGAAUGUAACGUAUAUGCAAAUUGUGUUCAAAUUUUCAAUUUCAAUAUUUUGUUUAAAAAGUUUCGUGAAUAAAGUGAAGCUACUGUGCAAGGCUUAAUGCAACGGUGUACAAUCUGCCGAAACUUCUAACAUGUUUAAGCUAGUGAUGCUUCACUCAAACGAUGUCGAAAGCCAAGGCGUAUAACGAAUGUAUGGUUUGUUAUGUUGAUUAUGGUGACCAUGUUCAUUUGAAUUAGCGAAAAAAAAAUAUAAAAAAAAUUUUACCUAACUAUAUGUGAAAAUAUAUUUAGAUUGUGCUAUCUAUCACAUCAUGAUUAAUGGAAUAAACAAGGCGAGAAACUUGUGAAGAAACGGAAGGAUACUGUGGCGUAUGCGUAAUGCAAUACGGAGUGAACUGGAAUUGAAUUGAAAAGUUUUAAUGUGUGCUGAGUUCAUUUAUCCCAACAUUCGGAUUUUCUACUUGGAAAAAGUUGAGAGACUGUGGUCAACAAAGCGGGCAGAAAAAAUAAGGUAAAGACUUGUACCGGAUCACAAAGAACAAAAAGAUGGAAUUGUAAAGUGAAUUGCAACCAUAGCGGCAACUACUAACAACUACUAAUAUCCACCACAUAAGCAGCUAAACAAUAAAACAACAUAAAACCUAAAUUAAAUAAUAUCAACAAUAUGGGAUUGAAACAAGAACAAUAACUUUUUCGAAAAUAAACGAAGCUCAAUAGACUGAAAUAGAGUCCAAAUAUUUUUACCGUAAUGCAAUUCAAUUAAUUAAACAUAUCAUUAAUUAAUAUAAAAUACAAUAAUAAAAAACAACAACAAACCACAACCAAUAAAAACACGUUUUAUGUAAACUGAAAAAAUACCCAAUUAUUGGCAAAAGAUCUCAAAGUAAAGUGUAGUUAAAUAUCUUUAUUGAAUAAAUUCAUAUUGACAAAUAAAUAUUGGAACCAAAAACAAAAACAAAAUUGCACACAAUUCAGAAGAUAGAUAAUGUAAAUAUGAAAUUCUAGUUCUUAAAACAAACAAUUGAUAAGAUUAUCGAAUUCUCGUAAGCAUAACAAAAAUUUAUUGCAUUUAACUAAAUAGUAAGGCAAACAAACUAUUAGACAAAAAUUAAAUAAAUUGAAUAAAUUUAUUAAAAAUGCGAAUUCAACACACAAAUGAAAACCAACAAAACUGAUGAUUUUAUAAAAAUCUCCGGCAACGUCAAAUAAACUCAACAAAAUAAAAAAAAAAUGUAUAAAGAGCUGAUGGAAAAUUGGUAACAGUUGAAUGAAAACUGAAUUUAACCGAAAGAUCAUUGAGUUAAAAUAAAGGCAGAAAUGGCUUACGAACACCCCAAAAGAAAGUUUAAUCUAGCUGCACACAUAAACACAAAAGCGGAGAAACGACUACGGCAGAUACAAAAACAAAGCUGAAUUGAAAACAAAUCCGAGUAGGCUUUUUCCCAAAACAAUAUGUGGAAAUAAGAAAAGAAAAUAGUCUUAAUAGGAAAUAAAGUUAUUAAAAAUGGUGUUUUCAAAAACGCCAAAAACACUGAAAUAAUAAACAAUUAUUUUCGGUUCAUUCAUGCGCAUUCGUGUGCUGCUCGCCUCGCUAACGAAAAAAAGAAAAUAAUAUCACAACAAUAAAUUAUUACAAACAUAAAUAGCAGCAGAAGUGAAACAAAAAACAUUGUGCUUUUCGAUUUCUCAUUGUCGACAAACGUUGAUCGCUACUUAGCCAUUAGGACACCAAAAUACUCAAAUGUGCGUGCAGCAAAUAGUGAAAAGUGUGUUACAAAGAAUUCGCGUCAGAUAAUUGUUAAAGCUAACGGUUGGCAACACACCUACAUUCCAUGAAGAGAGAUUUAUAAAUUUCUAGGAAACGCUGCGUCAGUUCCGUAGUCAUAAUGGUGGUGUUUAUAAUAUGCUGUCUAUUGAAAAAUCUUUAACAUCAAAUACAACCCCUAAAAUCCAUUUCCCAAAACAAAAUAAUAAAUAACUAUAGCAAAAUCUGGUUAUAUACUAAAUGAAGCAGGCUGAGUCAGCGGACAAACAUAAUAGCUGUAAGAUUUUUAAAAGCACCAGUUAAAUACUCAACACAUGCAUUGUUCGAAUAAACAACUGCUUUUCUGAAAUUAUCAUUCCCAACGAUGAGGAGCUGAAUUAAAGUUGUAAACAGUUCGAUCAAAUUCAAAUUGUAAAUUAUAAAUUCUCGCAUGCAAAUAUGGAUUGGACUCGGUGGCAAUACACGUUUCUAUGGUGCAUUUGCAAUCAUGGGAGCACAAUGUGGCUACCCAUUUGAUUUGCUAAUUCUUGGCUCUGCUGCGUAAAUGCGGCAGCACAACAUUCAAGAAAACUCGUAGUCAAUCAAUCAAUGUUCAAAUGAUCUACUAAAAAUAAAUAAGCCAACAACGGAAGAGAGUAAUAAAUGUGUUCACAUUUCACACACAAUAAAACAUUGCCAUUUACAUAUGGAUUUAUAUAGUCGUAGCUUACAAUUGUGUACUAUCGUAAUUAUCAUAUACAUAAUCGCCAAAGUGCACCAACACAUACAUACAUAAGCAAAGUAUGACGAUAUCACAUAGCUCCUAAAAGAAUAGCACAACAAGGCACCAACAUAAACAUCGACUCUGUGUUCGUAAUUUUUGAAUUCACACAUUCAAAAACGACAUACUCGUAUUUGCUAAAGAGGAAAAACAAAAUAAUAUCCAUAAUUAUCGAUCGUGUUUAAAUAAAUACAAAAUACAAAAAUAAGACAAUUAUUAUUAUUGUAGCAAUAUUUUACGCCGAUCUUCCCCAAAAUUUUUAUACGAAACGGUACAUCUAUUUAAUUAAGGUAGUGAAAUGCAAUUUAAUUAAAAACAUUAGAUAUACAUUCAAAGCAAAAAAAAGUAAUAACAAGUUUUUACGCGAAUUCAUUUAUAAAUAUUCACAACUUUUACACUUAAGGAAAAACCAUAUGUAAAUGACAUUUGAAUUUCCCCUAACAACCAACUUUCAACGAAUUAAAUUCACACAAUAUAUACAUAUUAUAUAUAAUUACAUUAUAACUGAAGAUCGAAGAACGAAAAGCAGCGCUGCUUUCAACGUGGUGGAAAACUCUGAGAAAUUGCACUCGACAUGAUUAUCAGAAUAGAUUAAACAAUUGAAUGUUGUACAAAAUUAAAGUUACAACAACGGCACCAGCACGCACAAAUAGUUUUUGGUGGACGGUACUGCGGGCGAAAGAGUUGCAGGAGAAAGUGCUGCUGGCACAGAGAAAUCGGCGGAAAUCAGCUGGCAUAAACGUGUGUGAGUGCUCUAGGAGUAUCCAGAUUAUUGCAAGGAGUUGCAUCAGCAGAUUUUAUCAUAAAGCAAGGAGUAUCAACGGCAGUUGAAGUGGUGGAGAUCGUAUACGAAACUGAUCGAAGGAUUAGAGAAAAACGAAACAUCGAAGGAGCGGGAAAAUACUAAAGCACCUGGAGAAAUAACAAGUGACAAAAUAAGGAAUUCUAUAGAGAGAAAUAGACAAAACACAUAUUAUCAAAAAAACUCAAGCCUCAUAUAGUUGCUGACACUGUCAAACAGUAUAUCAGUCGGGCCCAGCGCACUACCAAAGGAUCUAGAGAGCAGCAGCCUAACAUGGAGUUUUUACGUGGUGUUUAUGCGUUUAUGCAAGUGAGUAGAUCAUCGGUGUCUCAUGUCAAAAUCGAUUCACCUGUUUUUCGCCUACACACCAAUGCAACUGUUAUUUUACUAAUAACAUUCUCGAUUGCUGUUACGACGCGGCAGUACGUAGGAAAUCCCAUAGACUGUGUACAUACAAGAGACAUUCCCGAAGAUGUUCUUAAUACAUAUUGUUGGAUACACUCAACAUAUACAGUGGUGGACGCUUUUAUGAAAAAGCAAGGUUCCGAGGUGCCUUUUCCUGGGGUGCACAAUUCACAGGGUCGUGGUCCUCUUACAAUAAAGCAUACAAAAUAUUACCAAUGGGUGGCGUUCACGCUAUUUUUUCAGGCAAUUUUAUUUUAUACACCAAGAUGGCUGUGGAAAUCUUGGGAAGGUGGUAAAAUUCAUGCGCUCAUCAUGGACUUAGAUAUAGGAAUUUGUUCCGAAGCUGAGAAAAAACAAAAGAAGAAAUUACUAUUAGAUUAUUUAUGGGAAAAUCUAAGGUAUCACAACUGGUGGGCUUACAGAUACUACGUGUGCGAAUUAUUGGCACUCAUUAAUGUGAUAGGUCAAAUGUUUCUUAUGAAUCGAUUUUUCGAUGGCGAAUUUUUACAAUUUGGUUGGAAAGUGAUAAAAUAUAUGGAAGAUGAUCAAGAAGAUCGCAUGGAUCCCAUGAUCUACAUUUUUCCCAGAAUGACCAAAUGUACAUUUUUUAAAUACGGUUCAAGCGGAGAGGUGGAGAAACACGACGCCAUUUGCAUACUGCCAUUAAAUGUUGUUAAUGAGAAAAUUUAUAUUUUCCUGUGGUUUUGGUUCAUACUUUUAACGUUUUUAACAUUACUAACGUUAAUAUACCGAGUGGUUAUAAUAUUUUCACCACGUAUGAGGGUGUACUUGUUUCGUAUGCGAUUUAGGUUAGUGCGUCGAGACGCUAUUGAAAUUAUCGUUCGCCGUUCGAAAAUGGGCGAUUGGUUUUUAUUGUAUUUGUUAGGUGAAAAUAUAGAUACAGUUAUAUUUCGUGAUGUUGUACAGGAUUUAGCCAAUCGUUUAGGACAUAAUCAACACCACAGGGUGCCUGGACUGAAAGGAGAAAUACAGGAUGCAUGAUAUUGGGAGUAUUAGAAACAGUACAAAAUGCAAUUUGUCGUCUCAAUAUAAACAUCGCUCAUCAUCAAUCACAAUAUCAACAACAAAACCGCUUUAACAAACGCAGCAGUAGCACCGGCUUCAAGAAACAAUUCACUAAUGAAAUGAAAGUUAAUAAAAAAUUUCAAAAAAAAAAAAAUGUCAACAGCAAAAGCGAAAAAAUAUAUACAAAAGUCAUCAAGCGCACCGAUAUUAAAAGUAAUCUCUUACAAAACUCUAAUUUUUUAAGAUAUCAAAUGUAAAUCAAAAUGUUUUUAGAGUAAUCAAAGGGAAAAGUGAAACAGCGAAUAAUUGUUUAUACAAUACAUUUAUGUGUGCAAGUGUGUAUAUAAAUACUACAGAAUUAAGCGUAGAGUAUGUAAAGAGUAACGAAUAAAUAGACGAUCUCACCUACACUCGUAAAUCAUCGCGACGCACCCACAUAAUCAUUGCUUGUCAUAUAUUAUCAUCUACAGAGAGAACCACGACUGAGACGACAACCACGAAUGAUUGCAUUUUCGUAGUGAGCCAAAAAGGACAUCUGGUAGUUCUCCAACUGCCUGAGGUCAACAUCUACUACACCAAAAUCAUCUGAACUUGCAGCAUCCCAUAUUUACGGCACCACUUCACAUACAUGCAUAAAUCGCUCAAAACUCUCAUAUUCAUGUGCGUGUUCAUGUGAGCGGCCCGAAAAGAGAGAUAAAUCUCAUUUUUAUAUAAAAUUCUACCAAAAUAAACAACAAAAAAAAAAUAACUGAUCAUGGCGCCGACAGCAUACAAAACCAAUGUACUUGCAUACAUGCAUUCAUAUUUUAUAAAAAAAAAUUUAAAAAAAAUGCAGACCAAAAAAAUAGACAUACAUACAUACAUAUUACAUAUACAUAUAUUCCAUUAUCAUAAGUUGGAGAAUACAUAACAUAACAGCCACAUCAAUUUAUAAUAAUUUAAUACAUAAUACAUACAUACAUAAAUAGCUAAUCAGUAAAACCAUCUGAUGUAUUCAUACAAAUAAAAAAUUGCAAAUUCAAAAAAAAAAAAUAAAUAAAUAAAUAAAUAAAGAAAAAUGCAUUAUUAUGCAAAACGGAAAUUUUUAAAACUACAUACAUACAUAUAUAACAUAGCCAUAUAUACACCCGAACUAAAUAUGCAAACAUGCAAGUAUAAAUACAUAAUACAUAAACAAAUACCAAAAGUUAAAAUAAAAUUAAGGAGAAAAAAGGCAGUCUCUCUUGCAUAACAUGAAAGAUACAAAAAUACAAUACAUACAUAUAUAGCGCGCCUCAUUAAGUAACCGAUAAAAAUUGAUUAGCAUUUAUACUGAAGACAUACUUACUUACAUACAUACAUACUCGUUCACCUGUAUAUGAAAGCAUAAGAUACAUACAUAUAUAUUGUAGUUAUAAAGUCAUAAAAUGGUAUGAAUGCAAAUGAAAACGAAACGAGGUAAAAUAUUAUAUCAUAACGAAGUAUAAUUGAAAUGUAAAUUAUUUGUCAAAAAUGUAAAACAAAACCGUUA